GAUGCGUUCACAGAGUGCUGCAACAACGGCAGCACUGAACGCACCCACCGCGUGACAAAACAUGCUACACGAAAAUGUAUCUGGAAAUGUCAAAAUGAAGUAUUUCAUUUACCGCGGUAGACACCGGUGGAUAAUAAUCAAAUUAACAAAAGCCCUCAAAACUUUGGUACUUUUUCGGCUUCAGUGACAUUGUAUGCAGAUGACAGCCGAAGCAUCCCCGUGAUCACACCAACUUGCAGUCACUUUUCAACAAGAAAGAGAAGAGAGAGCUUGCAGAAAAGUACGGGAACGGUUUUGCCCAAGUGUGUGCCACUUAAAGUUUUCGGCGCGGUGCUGGCGUGGUGCCAGAACUUCGAGACCUCUUUGAUUUUGAGGCAAAAUUGGAAUAACUUUUUUUGAGCGUGUGUAAGGUUUGACGUCUAGAUCUGUCACACUCGGUGCAUCAGAUGUUUAGGUUUUUUUUACCAAACCGAGGGUUUGCCCAGUUUUUUGCUUGGGACCGGUGCCAAUCGCUGCCACGACCGGACGCUCAGGUAUCUUUGGGUGGCGCAUGUUCCGGCCGAGCUGUUUCCGGUGCUGGUGGACGAGGAAAUCGGGGGGAAAGUGAGGAAAUCGGGAGAAAAGUGCGAAAAAUGCGUCGAAAAACAGAUGGACGACGCGUGUGUUUGUACCAGGCGGCAACAGGAAGGUUCUCAGGUUUGAGUUUGUUUAUUCCGGUGACACUGGAACGGGUUUAAUAGAGGGAUGCCCGGAAUGUUCGGAAUGCCCCGCAACAGAUGCUCUCUUCGAUCCCCGCCAGAAUGCCAGCAUCUGCUCGGGGGAGGAAGCCGCCGGGGUGACUGGGUCGACGCCGGGAAGGGAGCGGAGACGGCGAUCUACGGAGUUCCAUUGGACCUGCAGCUGGACUCGGGCUCAGGCAUCACCAUCAUCUCCAGACAGAACUGGGUCAAUGUCGGGUCACCUCCAACGUCUCCACCGGACUGCAACGAGCAGACAGCUUCCGGGGACAAACUGGGCAUCGAGGCGAUGUUCAGAGCAACCAACACCAUCGGCGGAACGCACAAGGAGAGCAAUUGCUAUGUUUGUCUGGGACGUACCAUUUUCGUCGUUCUGCAAGCUGGUCGGAACUCAAACACCGAAUCAGCAAGUGGUCGAACUGAAGGCCAAGUUCUUCGAGAUGCACAAGGAGAAUCUGUACCGUGCCCUGGAGCGGCUCAAGAGCGGGUUUAGGGUUAUGCUCGAGAAAUGCAGAUAGCUGCCGAGACCAGCCUGUACCGGGCACUAUAAAAAGUCGUGUAGUUUGUGGACAAAGGUUGGCCCAGCGACGCGAAAUCACUCUCCGGAACACCGGAUGUCUAGCAGUUCUUCGCGCGCAGCCCUCUGUCACGACGGCCAUGUUUAUGAAACCUAAAUGUUCGACGCGAACAUGAAGACGCAAAGAAGAUGAAGAACGCAUUUGCUGUCAACAUUUAAAAAUAAACAAACCGCGUGGUGAAAAAAGGCAUUAUUUCAUAAUGUUGAAAUGAUGUCCAUGAAAAAAUAACGGCACGGGACACGGGACGGAUUUCCAAACGCAAGUUCCCGAAGGACCCUAUCCGCCAGAGACUAUGGAUAAAUGCCCCGCGAAGUGGCGAUGAAGACGGUUUUGCAAGUUCAAAGUUCAGAUAUGUUCGGACCACUUCGCGAUGAACUUCUUGAGAGUCCACGAAAGGUCGGAUUCUACACAUGCACGCGUUUCCUUCGAUUCCCUGUGCGAGUCGACAGCGGGAGUGGGCCAGUCCUCGGAGAAGGUUAUCGAAGGAUGUUCGGAAAGACCAGCUCCGCCACAAUCACCGGAAUCACGGAUGUUUCUGCACUUGGUCGGUUACUCCCUGCCGGAGAUUGCAGCGAGUUGUUCGGAAGGAUCAACAGCGGGACUUGGCCAGUCUCCGGUCCAGUACUACCCGGCAAAUCUUCCCGGUCAAUCGGAAGCAACAGUUAUCUUCGAGGUUUUGGUAACUGUCAAACGUUCUAGCCAUUUACAGUGGUGCCAGGGGGUUGUUCGCGCGUCGUGACUCGCUGUUCUUGGCCCAGAUGGUGCUGAUGUACAGGGACCGGAUUGUAAUCCCGAAGAAGGUCCGCGGCAUCGAUCGGAUGAGGUCAUUAGCACGCACUCUCGUUCACUGGCCGAACAUCGAUGACCAAAUCUCGCACUUGUACGCGCCUGCCAGGAAUGCGCGUCGGUUGCGAAAACUGACACCAAGUCGUGGCCAACCCCCGAAAAGCCGUGGCAGAGGGUACAUGCGGAUUUUUCUGGUCCCAUCAACGACACCUACUUCCUGCUUGUGGUCGAUUCUUUCUCCAAGUGGCCGGAGACCAUUCCGACCAAGCACACCACCACAGCUGCCACCAUUUCGAUCCUUCGCCAAAUUUUUGCUCGAUUCGGAAACCCGGAAGUGAUGGUGACCGACAACGACCCGCAGCUAACCAGCGACAUCUUCGAGCAGUUCUGCGAGUCCAACGGGAUCAUGCACCUCAAAACAGCACCGUUCCACCCCCAAAGCAACGGGCAGGCGGAACGUUUUGUUGACACCUCCGAGUCAGCACCAUUGCGAAAUCGUGUCAUCUUAGACCAACCACCCCACUCACCCCCUUAUCAUAUUUUAUUAUUGUAAAAGAACAUGGAACAUGAAUUAUACAACAAAAAAAUAUUCGCAAUUAAAAAACCAAAACGUACAGCUCCCAAGCUCGAGCAAAUGGGAAAUUUGGAAGAUUAUGUGUUAAAAGAAAUGAAAGAAAUUCACGAAGUGUUUGUGUCGCUGGGUAGAGCGAUUGAGCAAGUCGUGUUGCGCGCUCCAGUCGGCAAAGAUUCGCUCGGCGAUGAGUGAGUGAUUCCUGUGCUUUGAACCGAUAAUCAAAACUCUUGCUUCUAAGGUGUGAAUUAAUUCUGGAUCCGUUCGCUUCGCUUCGCUAGGAGACGGUGAUUUUAGCGGAUUGCAGACUGGAUUUCGCCAUGUGUCUAAGCCCAAGUUGCCUAGGAUUGAUAAUUGGGAAUAGAACCAAUUCCACCUGAACCAGAUUCUCACCACCAUGACAGCCGUCCAUUGCCGGCCGCUCCCAUCUCCACCGCGCACCAGGGACAAGGAAAGGGAUUUGGAAGACGGAAAGUGUUGAUGCUCCACUUUUUUCAGAGUAUUAAGGGAAAAUCUCCACGGUAUCCUCAAGUAAGUUUCGCUUGGAGUUGGACGGUUUUUAGGAAGGUAUAAGGUCUAGGAUACUCUCUAAGCAAGCGUUGCGACCAAUGGCAUAAUGUGUUUAAGGGUUAUAGUUUUAUUCUCAAGGCAAGCAUUCGGAUGCUGCCGUAGAGACAAUUCCCGUUUGAUAAUUGUCAAUUUAAUUUUAAGGUGUUCCAAUUUAUUCCCAAGGCAAUCAUCUGAUGUUGCUGUCGAGACAAUGUUUGUUUUAUUUAAGUUUUAGCUGAUUAAUUUUAAGAAGUUUUUUUUUAUAAUCGCGGAACUAGCAUAUUAUCAUGCUGCUACAGGGAAAAUCGAGGGGCGAGACACAGUUAAUCAACUAAAAUUUCUCUAAUUAAUUAGAGCUGAUUUUGGUUAAUUGGCUAAUUGAUUAGCGCUGUUUUGACAACCCAUUCCCAUCCUACAUCAAUUUAUCUUGGCAUGUCUAGAAAAGUUGUUUUGACAGCUACAAAAUGGAUGUUGCUUUGAAAUGAGGGAAGAAAAAACAAUU